AGGUGUCUUACAGCACAGAGGGCUGCUUUCAGCCUGAGUACCUUCAGUGGGCUUUCGCCCUUUUCCCUUUGUGAAGAGUAGAGGCUGGCCGUUGGUCCUGGAAACACUUUGUUUUUAGUUGGGUUGACAUUUCACAGGAAAUGCAGUUAUCCCGUAAGUGGAUAAAGGGUUCUCAGUAAUUCAGACUCGCUUGGCUUCUGCCGUAUGCCCGAGGUGACGGCGGUUACAGUGUGUCAGAGCCAGGUGGAGAUGUACGAUGGUCAGGCCCAGAGGAGGGAGGAGCCCAGGCUAGAAUGUGGCCUUGGAAAGAAGGAAGAGAAGGGGUCUGGGAGGGCAUUUCAGAGAACUGAACAACACUAGAGGCAUGAAGCUUGGUGCACCGCUGCUAGGGCUUUCCUAGUUCCGGAGGAAUUGGGGAAUUGGGGAUGGGGUCGUGAAGAGAAAGGUGGUGGGAGCCAGACUGUCAGUGUUCCCGGACCCCAGGCGGAGGACUUCAUCCCGGACUGUCAGUGCUCCCGGACCCCAGGCGGAGGACUUCAUCCCGGACUUCAGUGCUCCCGGACCCCAGGCGGAGGACUUCAUCCCGGACUGUCAGUGCUCCCGGACCCCAGGCGGAGGACUUCAUCCCGGACUGUCAGUGCUCCCGGACCCCAGGCGGAGGACUUUAUCCCAGACUGUCAGUGCUCCUGGACGCCAGGCGGAGGACUUCAUCCCAGACUUCAGUGCUCCUGGACCCCAGGCGGAGGACUUCAUCCCAGACUUCAGUGCUCCUGGACGCCAGGCGGAGGACUUCAUCCUUACCACGCACAUAGUGAUGGACCACAGAUGUGGAUGAAUGUGGUGGGCCCUAGAACAAGGCACAUAGAGAGUUUUACACUUUCUGGCAUGUCCUCAUGGUUUCUGCUUGGACUGGUUUUAUCUCCCUUUCAGUUUUGUUUGUGACUAGACAUAUAAAGCAGUCACCUUCAGCAGGUAACUGAUGGGCUGUCUGCUAUGGAAUGGACUUCCAGGUGGUAGGGCCCAGCCCCAAACCAGACAAGGGACCCCUCCAGGAGCUUCAUUCUAGCAGGAAAAAAUUGAGAAAUAAGCCAGAAAGGUAUCAGGAAACAGUUGUACACAAAAUAAAAGCAGGGUGAUGUGAUGUAAGGUACUAGGGGUCAGUGUGGGCAAUAACGGAGACCUCUGAAGAGGAGGUGGCCUUCAAACUGAGCAGAGAGGAGGGCUGCAGUGGGGGCAGCUGCUGUGAGGGCUGGCCUUGAUCUGGGAACAGGGCUGGCACUGCCUUGCCUGGAUCCAAGGGUGUUCCACGGGCUGUCCAGUGACGACUCGCAAGAGCCUCGUGGAGAAGGCACGAGAGGUGCUGUUGUCCCAUUUCACAGACUGGAACCUGAGGCAUCCUGGAAUAGCCUGUCCUGGUCACACUGACAGAGAGUGGUAGAGCCAGGAUCUGAAAGCAGGCCGUUGGAGUCCAAAGUUCACGUUCUUGCUCCUGCCACACUGCCUCAGGCUGUUCCUGGUGAUGCGUUCAGUCAGGGUGUGAGCUGACUGUGUGUGUUUGGUAUACGUGUUGUGUGUGUCAGAGAAGCAGAAUUGGCUGAUGGGUUUCGAGUAGGUUUUUUACACGUUCAGCUGGAGAGAGAGACGUUCUGAACUUUGCCUAGAGAACACCCUUUGGUGGGAGAGCCGAGUAUUUUCUCUCUGACAUUACUCUCAUCACCUGCAGUCAAGUAAAAGCGCUUUAAUGGGAAACAGUCUGAGUAAAACGGGGAAAACUGUAAGGAGCUACAAGACGAAGAAUGUGAUGCGUGUCUUUCAGAUGCCUGGCUUUGGCCUAAACAGGGUGGCCUUUCCAGGUGGCGCAUUCUAGUGUAGCCUCUAUUUAAAUACGGAGUUCUCUCAGUGGAGAGUGAAAGUCCUCCUGUGUGUCUUUGGUUUACAUGAGACCAAAGGGCCCCUCGGUCUCCUCGAGCCGGCCUGGCACUCCGCAGGAUCCAGGAAUGGUGUCACGGAGCCACAUUCUGCACAGACUUGGUGACGUGGAGGGAGCUGCCUGGAUCAUUUCCCCGCAUCAGUUGUGAUGGGAGAGCCGAGGCCCUUGAGGGCAGGAUUGCGUCUGGCCCCCUCUGCCUUCCACCUGCAGGGAAGGUUUCCCCAGCGCUCACAGGGUGGGACUGGAGGAGCGUUGGUUUCAGGAAGAUGCGGGUUCCAGCUCCUGCCCACCGCAAACAUGCUGAUGGGCCAGGACAAUGCUUUAGCCUUUGUGAGCCUCAGCUUUCUUACUUGUGCAUGAGAACAGUAAGACUGACCCCAAGGGUUGCCGAGGAACGAUGUCUUUGCUUUCGUGUCUGGUGUUUCUUAGAGCCUCGUUUUACAGAUGAGGAAACCGAGGCCGGCUGCUGCGUGCUCAGAGGGUUUGUUGAAGGCCUCACAGCCACUUAGCACAGGCGGGACUUUAGGCCAAACUUGAGGCUGGAGUCUUUCUCCUCACUGCCCUGCCGAGGCAGCAGAUGGGGGCGGUGGGGAAGGGGAAUGCGCCCCUGGCAUCUUCUCUAGCUCAGGGGCCAGCAGGCAUCUCAUCUUCUAAAGUAGGAAUGACAACCGGCAGGCGUUGGGUACUCAGCAGUGCUUUCCUGAAGAGCGGCAGGUCCUGAUGCCGUCUCGUCCCGGGAGUGGGUGGUGGCGUGCUCGGCUGAGGAGCCAGGUGGCAGUCAGGCUUGGCUUGGCCUGUCCAGAAGCAGAGCUGUGGCGGGACCGUGGACACGUGGCUUCUACUGUUUGAGACUAGGUCCUUCUUGGUGAAAUGUGGGUAAUGAUGCCCUUCACUUGGGCAUCUGGGAAUUAAGUGGGUGAACAAUGUGACCUCUGGCACGUGGGUUCUCAGGUGAAUUCCUCAGGGCAUCACCGCAGUGUGUUGAAAUAGGAGCAGAUAUGUUACCUCCACUUGCCAGAUAAGAAACUGGGACGCAGAUGGAUGCACUACCUGAGAGUUGUAGUUACAGAAUGUCUGAAGGGGACAGUGUGGGAGAGUCCGUCCAUGGGAAACCUUCGGUGGUGUACAGAUUUUUCACAAGACUUGGACAGAUUUAUCAGUCCUGGCUAGACAAGUCCACACCCUACACGGCCGUGCGAUGGGUCGUGACACUGGGCCUGAGCUUUGUCUACAUGAUUCGAGUUUACCUGCUGCAGGGUUGGUACAUUGUGACCUAUGCCUUGGGGAUCUACCAUCUAAAUCUUUUCAUAGCUUUUCUUUCUCCCAAAGUGGAUCCUUCCUUAAUGGAAGACUCAGAUGACGGUCCUUCGCUACCCACCAAACAGAACGAGGAAUUCCGCCCCUUCAUUCGAAGGCUUCCAGAGUUUAAAUUUUGGCACGCGGCUACCAAGGGCAUCCUUGUGGCUAUGGUCUGUACUUUCUUCGACGCUUUCAACGUCCCGGUGUUCUGGCCGAUCCUGGUGAUGUACUUCAUCAUGCUCUUCUGUAUCACAAUGAAGAGGCAAAUCAAGCACAUGAUUAAGUACCGGUACAUCCCGUUCACACAUGGGAAGAGGAGGUACAGAGGCAAGGAGGACGCCGGCAAGGCUUUUGCCAGCUAGAAGCGGGACUGAGGCUGCCUCACGUGUUGCAAGAACGGUUUUGAGCCAUUGUUAACAAUGCCUUUUUUCUUCACAUAAAGUAGUUGAUUACGAGGGAGUUGAAUUUUCUUUUUAAAAAGGAGCUUCAAUGAUUUGUAACUGAAAUAUCAGGUUCUUGAAGAAACUGGCACUUAAACCAAAUCGCAUGGAUUUCUUUUUCAGUGACGUUCAAGUGUUUCUCACGGAUGGAAUUCUAGUCAGCUGCAGGCGGGAAGCCAGGCGGGUGGAGCCCAUGGGAGCAAGGGCGAGUGGCCGGUCCCCCCCCCGGUGCCAGGUGGGCAGGCAGGAGCGAGGCCUGCGAGGGAGGAAUGGGCCGCUCCCCGCCAGCCGCCUUCCCCACCAGCCACAGGUGUGCCAGCCACUCCACAGAGCCCGAGUGAUGAUCUAGCCUGAUUCCUGCGUGUCUGAAAGAACUUAACGUUUUAAAGGUGAUUGUCAAGUAACUGUGUGGGGUUCUAAUGCCAGUUUCCUAAUCCAUCUCACUGGAGAUGUUUAAAGUUGGCCUCUAUCCUAAUGACUCAAAACUUUGUUCUUAACUACCAUGAUUGCUUUUGAGGGCCCAGAAUUAUAAAUAUAUAUUAUAUUUUAAUUGUUUGAGAUUAUUUUGACACAUUUCUUUGAUAUGUAAAGUGUUUUGUUUUUAAUUUAAAUCUGUCAUCAUGCAACCCCCCCGAGGGGCAGCGAAGCUGGCGGGGAGCAGACUGGCUUUGUGGGUUCGGCACUCGGCACCCCACUGCGGGGGGAGAGGCAGAACCCACGUGCAUGUCAGCAUUUUUGAUGUGAUAAAAUACUCAACAUCUUACCAAGUGAUUUUUAACUCCACCUUUAUUAAGGUCUUAUCUAAAACACGACAGUCGCUGGACACAAGAAAGCCCAACUUUCGUUUGGCCUUUCCAAAAGGUGAACCCAUUUUGCCAACAGCAGAACAUCAUAGCUGCGGUCCCAGACGAGACACAGAUGCAAGGGAAGGCCUCUCCUGGGUCCCGGGCUGCUCAGGCUCCUCACUCUGGGCGGUGUGUCCUGUCUUAGAAUUUACACGGUGAAAGAUGAUUGUCUGGAUUUUCUUGUGCCAGUAUUUGCAUAUCCGACAUUGAGCUCCUCUCUUAAGAGGCCACAUUCAAGCUUGUGGGUCCCUGGCCCAGGAUAGCAAGGGCUGCUCCCAGGGGGUGCUUCUGGUACUGUGUUGAGACACUUGGAUUCUCAGACUCCAGACAGCAGUGUCUGUCACUUUCCAUACUGUUUUCCUAAUAAGCGCUCAGGCCUAAAAUGUGACAGGAGGUCGCGUGCACUUGGCCCGAGCACAGUGUGAAUCAAAGGACUGGGUGCUGACGGAUGGAGCCACGGUGGCAUUUGCCCACCCAGCUGCAGCCCCAGUGCCUCCCUUGGUGCUCCUCCCAGUUUAGAGGGUCACAGCCUCCCCACCCCAGCCCCUGGUAAGCUGACCUUGACUAACCCGGGAAUACAGGGUCAUCCUCAUUCCUAAGUCAAACAGCAGGACAUGGUCUGCGGGGGUCUUUGCUGGAAGCUGGUGCUGCUGGCCAGGCCUCGGCCUUGCCAACAGGUCAGUAGGGAAAUGUGGCAUACGCCCUCGAGGCAUGUUAACACUGCGCUUUAGGAAAUCUCAAGUUCCAUCUUGUUAUUAAUGUGCCCACAUUUUGGUGGAGUUAGUUUAUUAAAGAUGCCUACGGUGAAGUCUCUGGCACAGGUUAAAUGCAAUUUUGAAAACCUGGAAAUGUCAAAUGGAGGCAGGAAAUAGGCUAGGGACGAGCUGAAGGGCUGAGCACAGCAGUGACGCUGGGUCAGCAGGUCGCCUGCCCAGCGGGCCCCCAGGAGAGGGCUUGGGCGCCCCGGCAGCCCCCCAAUCCCCAGGACCUGGCACGCAAGUGCGUUUGGGUCAGGAGGAGAGCUCUGUGUGCAUGUCAGGCCCGAGAUGCAGAUUUCUAUUUUCUGAAACUGGAAGCAGCCUUGAUGUGUUUUGAAGGUGUGUGCCAAAUGCUUCAGACGGAGGUGCUGACCUUGGUUGGUUUCUCUCUGCCCAGCUACUCUGGGGGUGAGCCUGACCACCUCCGAUGGGGGCCAUGGGGCUGCUGUUCUGACCACACUGGCUGAAGCAAACCGCCAGCCCCCCGUGCCCCCUCCCAACUCAACAUGCACUCAUUCAGUCCAUUGCCUUAACACAAGCCUGAUGGAACCAUUUUCUCACAAUAUAAAUGAAUAAAGUGUCUUCUGACCUACUUCUCAA